AACAAUUAUUAAAUUGUUUGGACAGACAGUUCAGAGAGUUGUUUGUAUUUGAACAGCAAUUUUAGUAACCUAUACCCGAGUAUCUGUGUGUGUGUGUGGGUGUAUGUCCUGUAAAAUGUUACCUAAAAUUGCUAUCAAACGUCUACAAAAAGACUACAAAGAGCUACUCAAAGAUCCCAUACCAUUCGUGACGGCCGUACCGCUCGAAAGCAAUAUACUUGAAUGGCAUUACGUACUGAAAGGACCGCCCGAUAGUCCCUACGCGGGCGGUAUAUAUCACGGAACUCUGGCGUUUCCCAAAGAGUUUCCCUACAAACCGCCGGCCAUACGUAUGCUGACACCGAACGGCCGUUUUGCUACCAAUACCAGCCUAUGUUUGUCGAUGAGUGAAUUUCAUCCCGAAACGUGGUCACCCUUGUGGACAGCCGGUGCCGUACUCAACGGUUUACUUAGCUUUAUGUUGGGCAACGAAUACUCGACCGGAGCUGUACGUCAAAGUGAUGAACAACGGCACCAAUUGGCCAAACAGUCGUUGGAUUUUAAUAUCAAAAACAAGACAUUCUGUAAACUGUUUCCCGAUUUGGCCAAAGAGGCCAAACAAAUGAAGACUAAGUAGUAAUA